CCCACCACCCAGUGAAUUGUGAUUGGUCCAUAUUUUUUUUUUUUGAAUCCUCCUGUGGCUGCCCCCCACGUGGGGGUGCUGGGGUCACCCCACUGGGGGUUUCCAGCUGCACUCGAGUAAGAAUUGCUGUUUGUUACCCUAUUAUACAGAGGUUCAAGAGAGAGGGGAGGGAGGGAGAGAGAGAGAGAGAGAGAGAGAGAGAGAGGAUGAGCAUUAGGAUUAAGAGUUUGUCACAACUAGUCUACAAAAGAAGUUACAGAGCUCAUCAAUCACCUCUGUCCUCAAUCAGGAGCUCCUCUCUCUCAACCCACCAACAAACCUUAACCCUCUUAAACCGUCACUCUCCCUUUUCUUCUUCUUCUUCUUCUUCUUCUUCUUCUUCUUCUAGUUGUUACUGUAACCAUUACGCUUUCCAUGUGGGUUUUUCUGUUCCUUCAAAAUCCACCUCAUCUUUUCUUCUUCGGUACCUAAGUACCACCACCACCACUACUACUACGCCUCAAGAUAUUGAUGAUCAAAAUCAGGAAACCCCACUUCAGCAUGAAAUGGAUGACGAGGUAGAACCCAUUGAUUUGUGGGAAGAAGAGGACGAUGCUGAGCCUGAGAUUGGUGAUGGAGGGGAUGGUGGUGGAGUUGUCCUGCAAAAUUGCCCUUGGGGUGAACGGGCUCUAUCAAUAGCCCAUGAAAUCCUGCUGCAGUUUGGUGAUGAUAUGAAACUCUACGCUUUUAAGACUACUCCCCGGGGAUACAUUUAUGUGAGACUUGACAAACUUUCAAAUGAAUAUGGUUGUCCUGGUAUGAAGGAAAUUGAAAGUUACAGCCACCAAUACAAAAAAAGAUUAGACGAAGUUGGGGCAUUGGGAGAAAUACCUGAUGAUUUGGCUCUUGAGGUGUCAUCUCCCAGUGCAGAGCGGUUACUGAAAGUUCCAGAUGACAUGAAUCGAUUCAAAGGCAUGCCUAUGAGAGUAAGCUAUGUAGAAGAUCUAGAAUCUAAAUGUCUGGAAAAAAAUGGAGUAUUUUACCUGGACUCGAUUAAAACUGAAUCAGGGAGCUGCGUAUGGAGGCUGGCAGAUGUGAAGGAAAACAGAGACCCGUCAGCAAAAGGAAGACUGUUAAGCCGUAAACAGAAGGAUUGGAGAUUAGAACUGCCAUAUGCUAUGUUUAAAAAGGUUACUCUGUUUCUUGAUUACUGAUUGGUAUUUUAUGUUUCAGAAUGGUCAUGCAUGGCCUCAAGAGCCUACUGAUGCAUUUUUGACUUUUGGAAUGUAGUAGUUGAAAAGGGUUGAAUUUAGAAAUUAAUAUUUGGUUAGAAAAUGAUUAAUGAGCAUUAUCGGAGUGACAACUGAGUCUUUUCUA